AGCUAUUUUGAGCUGAGGUGCUUGCCAUAAAGAACUGUUAUUCAUCCAGAGAAAAUACUAUAGAAAUUACAGCGCCAUAGAGAGUUGAAAGGAGGCCAGAGGAAAGAAAUUAAGAUGGCGCGUGGCACAGUUUUGAAACCGUGGUAUCAGUCGAAAACAUUAACGAUUUUGGUAGUGCUUUGGGCGCUUUUCACCGCUUGUCUUGGAAUUAUGAUUGUGGUAAUCUUUGUACAGCCUCACUGGAUCAGCGGAAAAAUCAGUCCCAAUGAUAAGAGCGUGAAUUUUGGCCUGUACCGUAACUGCAGCGACAACCUCAAUGAAUGCACCGGCAGCUUAAACGAUUUCGCAAAAAUUUAUUCAACAGCUUGGCAAGCGUGCACGGUUUUUGUCGCGUUGGCUUUUACCUCCACGUUUAUCUCAGUGGCAAUGAUGUUGUUGUACUGGUUAUGUUGCUUCGAGUCUUCGCGCAUCGGUUUUCGCACAAGCAGUGGAUUACAAGCCUCAGCGGGCUUCUGUAUGUUACUCACUUGUCUAAUACAUCCCGUUGGAUGGGAUAGUGCCGAAGUUCGGGCGGUCUGCGGCCCUGACGCUGGUGUGUACAAAAUUGGGGACUGCAAAGUAAACUGGGCCUACUGGAUAGCUGUUAUCUGUAUGGCGGAUGCAUUUGUGCUUAGCUACCUCUCCCUCAUGUUCAUCGAGCGGGAGAUUAGAACCCCGAACGUGACAGAUAGGAAACGAUCAAAUGGAACAAGUGCAGACGACUACUCCCACGACAGGAGAAUGGCAUCUCAUGGGUAUUAUAAUCAGGACACGACAACGCUGUAACAUGGGAAAAUGCGAUAAGCACAGCCUAAAUAACGAAAAAAUUGGUGUCAUAGUUUUUUUUUUGGUCAAUUAGUGUGAGUAGUGUUUGACGCAGAGCAAAAAGUUUUGUGGAAGAGCAGACUGAGAUAUAAAGUGAAUAAUGAGUAAGAAAAUUUAAAUUUUUAAAACUGAUAACUCAUUCUUAUCUUUAGUUUACGCUUAUAUUCAAGUAAUAUAUACCUAGGUUUGUUACAUUAUUACGUCAUGGACUCGCUUGAAUUGCAUCAUUGGCGAGCUCUGGAGAUGAAAAAUACAGCAACCUACAUAUUACGGCAACGUGCUUGCUCACUGUUUUUUCAAAAGCAUAUGAUACGCACCAGCUUUGCUGUAACAUUUGCGCUAUAGUUGCAAUUUUGAGUUAAAGUUAACAGGUCAAACUUAGUCAAUUUACAAAUAUUAAGCAAACGUAUAAUUUUAUGAGGUUUAUUAAUCCUUUUAUUCUUUGUGUAAAGGCUAUAAGAUGUGGCCAGAUCGUGUCGAUAAAGCUCACAUUAUUGAGUCGCAUCAAGUAAAUAAAGAACCUUUUCUUUUCUUGGGCUCAU